UAUUUUGAUACCGGCUCUCUUUAUUAUGGCAUUGUCAAGCCAAAGUUCAGGUUCAAGCUAUAGGAAUGUUUAUGUUUCUCUUUAUGGAAAACACACUGAAGCGUGUGGCAGCCAAAGUCACCCUUGUCGGUCCAUUGCUCAAGCGGUUCGUCGCGUAAGCUAUGGCGGAAACAUCUAUCUUGAGGGACGUGGAACCAAGAAACGCCCGUAUGGCUGUGCUAACGGUGGCAAUACUUUAAUGCAUUAUCCAGGUAUUUCCGUGAACAAGAGCUUGACUUUUCAGGGCUUCUACUCCACCCCACACGUUUCAUGUACAGAAGGACUUCAUUUUCAGAACGAAAAUGGCGAGCAACUAAAAUUUGAGUUGAUGCUGUCAGGAAUCGAUUUUCAACAAACUCCAGUUAUUUGUUACGAUUGCCAGCGCAUCACCAUCUCCAACUGUUCCUUUCAUAAUGCUUCAAGAGCCUUGGCCAUCCGAAUACAGAACAUGACAUCUUUCCAGCUUGACAUGAGUAGUUCAACGUUUCGACAUAAUUCGCAAUGCAUCAGCGUCCUUUUAUUCCAUAAUUCUAAAGGAAAAAGUCAAGAUAUUACACUUAAAAUCAAAGAUGCAGUCUUUGAAAAAAAUGGUCUUUCUACCGGGAGAGAAAUCAUACAAUACAGGUCAGCUGCAGAAAAAGGUUCUCGUCCAGUAUACAUUCACGUUUUUGGCGGUAAAAUUAAGAGUUCUUACAAUGGAGGCCCCUUCUUCGAUCUUAAAGUUGCAAAUGCAAUCACAAACGAAACAUUCGAAGACGUCGAGAUACAUCACAAUGGAAAAAGGCACAAAAAUCGUCUACGACGUUUAUAUUUCUCACAUGCUAGAGAAACUAAAGCAAAGUUCAUCUUCCUGAAUUGUCACAACAACCUAAAUGCACAAUGCAUUGUGGUUCAGUCAGACAGGGCUGAUAUAGUCAUUGAAGAAUCGCAUUGGUACAACCAAUCUGCAGCUUUAAAGCGUUUUGGAUCUUGCUUGUCUCUAGCGGCUGGUAUAAGUGCAUCUUUAAGAAUCGUAAACUCUAACUUCCAUAAUAACGAAGCUCGUGCUGGCGGAUCGCUUUUUGCCAAUAGCAUACACGGAGUUCUAAAAGUCGAUCUUACCAACGUUACAUUCAGUGAAUGCAAAGCCAGAACUGGUUAUGGAUGUGUAAUAUCAAUUGGAAGAACCAUUCAAGGCUCGAAAGAAAUUCAGUGGGGUCCUCACAGGCUAAAUUUUGCGCUCAGAAAUGUAACUGUUCAACAAUGGGAAGGAAAUCAUGGAGAAAGAGUAUACAGGUGCGUUGCUAUAGACAUUGUGCUAGAUGGUGGAACUGUGACAUUGGAGGGAUCCACGUUCACGAAGGAAAUGCUAACAAAAGGCAAUGGAGCUAUUAGUGUGCUUACCACUGGAGGAGAAAGUAACAUUACAAUUUUAAAAUGCAUUUUUAAGGACACUUCAAAGAACGCAACGGAAGGAAAUAUAAUCUUCCUGAACUCCACAAAUGGCAAUGCAGGGAUGGUAACAAUUUCGAACAGUUUCAUAGGAAACAAAGAGAACAGGAAAGUAGCUUUGUACUUUAGUCCCAACUACCGCGUUAAGCUUUUCAACGUUACAUUCAUCUCUCAUAGAUAUGCAUUACAAACAGUACCGACACCGCCAAAAAACGGCUCUUUUCCAGUUGAUAUUUCCAUCGAUAAAUGCUCCUUUAUCGAUAAUAUUCAUGACGCGAUGUUUACAAUUCAUGGUCCAACAUCAGUCCAACUAACCAUUACAAGCACGCUUUUUAGAACGAAUAAAAGAGCAUUUAAUUUUGAUGAAAUUCAUCACAGCUACGCCAUUCGCUUGAUGAUACCACCACUUAAACAUGUACAUUUCUCAAAGGCAGUCAUCCAACUAGAAAAUAACGAGUUCAUCAAUAGAUCGGCCAGCUAUUUUGCUCUCUUAUUCGAAGGCAUCAAAAACGUGACAGUUAGACGAUCGCUCUUUCGCAAUUGUCGCGCCAGUGCCUAUAAGGCCAAGUGGAGUAAUAGUAGAACUGGUUUAUUUUACGAAACAGCCGCCGGCGCUAUUUCUGUAUUAUUCAAUCCAGACAAACCGCACAGUCUGGGAUGUGUGAGAUCUAAUAGCACUCAUGAGAAGCACCCUUCAUGGUACUACGAUAGUCAUGUACUCUUUGAAAAUACGAGGUUUGAAGAGAACUUAGGAUAUGAAGUUGGGGCUGUCCAUAUCGGCAACGGCGUAACGGUAUUCCGAAAAUGUGUGUUUCGCGACAAUUUUGGCCUCCGUAAAAGUGGACACGUUCAUUCUGCCUAUGGAACUGGCAGCGUAGAAUUCAAACAUUGUUCUUUUUUAAAAACAAAGGAGAGUGGGACCUUUUUAGAGAGUUCUCAAUUCGAUAAUGGUGUCUUCCUCUACUCUGAAAGUGGAGGUCCCUUAAUAUUUGAAAACACAUCAAUGACCUCACUAAAGUUUAACAGGGGUACGUAUGCGAUCGUUGACAUUUCUGGUGGGGGAUCUGUUCGCAUGGAUAAAAAGUCGAGGAUGAAAUGUAGCAAAGGAGAGGCUCUUUUAUUGGAUAAUGGCACGCAUUUUCAAUAUUCGGAGAAAAAUAAGAGUAUUUGUGUAUUAAAUGUUACCGUUUUGAAAUAUUCAUGCAAACCCUGUCAUCCAGGCUACUACAGCCUUCAAAAAGGGGUCUCCGAGGGCUUGUUUGUAGCCUCCAGGGCUGACUGCCAUCCAUGUCCAUUUGGAGCCACCUGCAUUGAAAGUAACAUUGCUGCGAAACCAAACUUCUGGGGUUAUGUAACACCUGGUGAUCAAUCAAUGCUCAAAUUUAUUGCCUGUCCGGAAAAUUAUUGUUUAUCAACUUCUUCUACGAGCUACAACAGCUGCCGAGGAAACAGAAGCGGUACUCUUUGUGGACAAUGUGCAGAAGGAUUUACUGAGACUCUUUUCUCAACUGAAUGCCGCUUAUCUACAAAAUGCAACGACUAUUCUGUAUGGGUUGUGACCAUACUUUUAACAAUCAUUUUGGCUCUUUAUCUUGUGAUCAAGCCCCCUAUACUGGACACCCUGAGAAGGCAAAUCUUCUGGUUCAAGAAAACUGAAACAGAUGGAGAUCAUUCAAUGGAUGACAUGGGCGGCACUAUUGGUGGUGAACAUUCCGAGAGUGGCUUCUUGAAAAUCACCUUUUAUUUCUAUCAAGCAGCUGAGACUUUGAUAGUAGGUUCUGUUGAAGACCUUAUUGGAAAAAUUCCUUUUAUUCACUUUGUUAUCUCUGCCUACAACUUCCAUGUUCAAUCCAUCAAUCAAGGACUUGGCUGCCCAUUUGCAGGACUCACCGCUGUGACAAAAGAGCUUUUUCUAUCUGGUACAGUCAUUUUCACAAUGGCUAACCUUGUUUUCAUUUAUGCUGUGCAUCGUGUCGUCAAUAUGUAUUUGGGACGUGAAAAGCCGUCCCUUAUCCGUUACAUGGCUGUUGUUAUUGAAGUGCUGUUGCUGGGAUACGAAAGGCUCGCAGAAACGGCCCUUAAGCUGAUGCACUGCGUCCCUAUUGGAUUUGGAAAGAAGUUGUUUAUCGAUGCCAAUGUUUCGUGCAUGCAAUGGUGGCAGUAUCUUCUUCUUGCCUAUAUUGUCAUUUUUCUAGUUCCUUUCAUCGUCGUUCUUUACUGUGGAUCUUUCAAGCUGUACAGAUCUUCCAUUACAGCAGGAGAGUUUGUUGCCGCCGGCAUGAUUCCGCUACCAUUUCUUAUAUAUUGGCUUUUUAAGGGAAUGCUGAAAAGGAGAGGCGAGGAGUCUUCUGACCAGCAGGUCGUCAACACAGAUGUUUCGGACAUACUUCAUGGUCCUUUUCGUCCGCCAACCCAUAAUGAUAACGGAACACUUUACUGGGAAAGCGUUUUGAUUGGUAGAAGGUUAGUUCUCCUCGCUUGUGGGGCGUUCAUCACUGAUGUUAUGUUACGCAUGGUCCUUUUGUCUGCAUCAUGCUUACUGAUAACACUCCAUCAUGUUUUGAAGAAUCCUUAUCGACAUCCCUUGGCGAAUAAUGUUGAAACAUUUUCCCUUGUUACUUUAUCUCUCAUUCCUAUCAUCAAUCUGGCCAAAGCAAGUCCAUUAUCAUUUGGUAUCACAACUGACGGACCGAAUGGGGCUUAUCUGAAAAGUCUGGAGUGGUUUGAGGUGUGUGCCUUGGCAUUCGUCCCAGCGAUAAUGUCCAUUUUGAUCGCAUUCGCUAUUUUAUCUCAGCUUGUGAGGUUUACUCUCCUUAUAAUUGAGCAACUUUUGAGGUGUUGCAGGAAGAUACCCUUCUAUCCAUGGUACAAGGACCAAGAGCAAACACCUCUCCUCGCUACUGCUGAACAUAACUUGAAUUAAAGUUUAGCCGCUUAUGUACACUUCCUUGAUCUCUUAACAUUCUAUCAAAAUCUUAGCAUAAGUCAAUUUUAUUGUAAUUGUUCCGGUGAUUCGAAAGAUGUCACGUUCAGCUUGGUAAAGGAUUCUGUCAUAUCUCGCUAUAAUCUUCUCGCUCAAGGUGAUUAUAGUAGUGGUGCUAAAUUUCAAAAUGGCUCCCCGGCGUUUUACCACUUUUUCGCAAGAAGCGACAAACGCAAUAGUCUAUAAUUAUAUACAUAUUUUAAAUUUUAUAAAGCAAUGGAAUUAUCUAGGAAACCUUGUGGCAUUGCUGGUACAAGGUUAUGGAAUCGCUAAUGAGGGAAUGAUUAACAGUAUGGUUAGCAAAUGUUAAAGGUAGCAGGUGGGAGGUGGUGUAUGGGGGUCUUAAACGAAUCCCCCCUCAUAUGAGGGGGGAUUCGUUUAGGAUGGGUUUGCGUUAAGCUGCUUUCGAUAAAUAAUUGAUUUGAGGUUAAUGAUUGAUAAAAGUUAUUCGUAUCUGCCUUGAAUCUGAUGGACAAUAACAAUAAUCACAAAAGUAAAUGCCAAAAUAAUUUGAUGCCAUAAAAACUUGACCAAGUUAUUGCAAAAAUACAGUAAAUAUUGUAAAAUAUAAACUAAGGUGAAGUUCCCUCUCUAAUAUAAGCUUGAUAAAUACAAUAAUUACUGAGGUCAUUUUCACAAAAUUACCUAAUGAAAUACCAAUUUGCCAAUUGGUGGCUGGAACCAAUAGAAGUACAUGUUAAGGUAUUUAGAUGCUUGCUAAAUUGAUGGGUAAACAUUUAGAAGGAAUUCAAACUUUAGAUACACAGAAUAAGAAGUGUCUUACCCACAAGGCCAACAUCCACUUCUAAAAACACUUAGGAAACAAAAGAAAAGAUCACGAGAUAAAUUCUGUAACAGCAACUCAUAUAGGCAAUUUUGAUAAUCGAAUAUUUGACCACCUUGAUCUCAACUGUUAUGAGCCACUAAUAUGUUGAGACCGUGACAGGGGAAAAAUAAAAAUGUG